UGGAGCAAAAGGCAGUGGAGGGGAAGACUACGAAGAUCCCAAGACAUUCCCUGUGAAAGGAUUUCAGUCAGUGAAAAUCUUACCUGCCAGACCUAUAGAGGAGUCACAAUAUGCGGAUACACGCUGUUUCCAAGAAAUGAUGAGCCCUCAUAUGUCUACAGACACCAAGACCGACGUUCCCAUGCAGCAACAACAGCCUUGGAACUUCCAGAUGAGAUCAGAAGAGAAAGCGAAGCCAAAGGAAUCAAGAAUCCUUUGCCACCUCCUCGGCCUCCAAACAGCAUUCCAAAGAAAUAUCGACCCCUUCCUCCUGAACCAGAAAAGAGUAGGCCCAUUGUCAACCGAAGAAAUGAUUUGCUAAAAGUCAACAGGAACACCAGACAGAUCAGUUUGAAGGAUUUAAGUGAUGUGCAUCAAGGAGAUAAAGUUCCAGAUCACCCGAAGAAGCCUGUUCUGCCUUGCCAGACACAACAUCAUCUGAAGGAUCAUUCUGUUCCUGUUGCCAGUUCUCUGUUUAUGAUGGCUGACCCAAGUUUUCCAAGUAAAGGGCAGAAAGUAAGCGUGUACCCAUCCUCAACCCAGAAAUCCCCACAACCAGCACAUGGCAGCCCGCUUGAGGAUAAGCCUUUGCCUACCAGUUUGCAUCAGAAACCAUGUCAUGGCAAAUCCAGCACAAAGGCUUCCAAGACGUAUGACUGGUAUUUUGGAGAAGUAAGCCGACAGGAAGUUGAAGAAGCUUUGACGGAGGAAAACACUGAGGGGACCUUCCUGGUCCGAGAUGGCUCCAAGAAAUCAGUGGCUGAACCCUAUGUUUUGGUGGUGUUUCAUAGGAAAAAAGUGUAUAACAUUAAGAUCCGUUUCCUAGAGAGGAGUCAGCAGUUUGCCCUUGGGACAGGACUCAGAGGAAAUGAUAAAUUCGAUUCAGUAGAAGAUAUAAUUGAGUACCACAAAUACUUUCCUAUUGUGCUUAUUGAUGGGAAAGAUCAAACAGGAACCCACCGGGAGCACUGCUACCUCAAGCAGCCUCUCUCACCCAGCAGAAUCUACUCAUCCUAAGAGGGAAUGAGGUCUUCAUUUUACCUUUAUUUAAACAGACCUGGUGUCCAUGACAUUCUGCGGAGAGUUCAAGAGAUGACAAGUUGAUUUCAUUAUGAGUGAAAGAUGGACAUUCUCCAGCAAAAACUGGAAAUAUGUGCUCUGAAAAUGGCCUCUUAACAGCUUGUUUAAUGUCCAAGAAUUAUUAAACUGGAGAAUGAACAAUUAUAACCUAGAACUCUUAGUUUGGAAAUUUCUAUUGGUUUGGUGAUGUUAAAAUAGAGUGCAGAAUUCAGUAGCAUCUUUGAGUGAUUCAAAGCCUACAGAUAGAAGCCUAUAAAAAAGGAAAAAAUGAACUCUCAACAAGUAGAUUCAAAAAGACAUGCAGUUCAGGGAAGCAACACCUAUGUAGAAAAGUCUAGCCAUUCUCACUCACUGAUGACACUAUUCAACCUAUGGGGCAGGCAACUCAGUCUAGCUGAAGUGGAAACGUGCCCUGAAGAAGAGAAAUAGGAAGUAGAAGUAUAUGCCAGGAGAGUCAAGUCACCAGCACCAUCUCCCCUCAGACCCCAAUGAAGUUAUCCCAGGACUUUAAAGCUAAGAGCCCUGGGGAUAGCAGUACUAUGUAAACCACCAGCUCUGCUUCCAGUCUGGUCCCUGCAGCCAUUAUUGAGGAGACCAGUCACAGUGAAGAAGAGAUCUACCUUCCUCAUCCCUACUAAGUGAUAGCCAACUGCCACCAACAAGAAAGUAAGACCAAGAGCCCUGGGAUUGUCAGCUCCCUCUACAACCACCAUCAGUACUACUUCCAGUUAAUCUUCCAAAACCACUGUGAAUCAAACCUUAUGGAGAUAGGACCCAAUGAAUACUUCUGUGUGUGGUGUAGGUCAAUGACCAUAGACCAGUGUCCACGAAUCAAAAUGGAGA